AUGAAAAUCUUGAUAUACCUUGUUGUGUUCUUUCAGCUCUUUAAUAGUUUCACAGCCAACAGAGUGACAGAUUCCUUGAUUCAAGAUGCUUGCAAGAAAGCUUCAAAAUAUGGGGAACCACAUUACUACGAGUUCUGCAUCGCGUGUAUAAGUGAAAAUCCAGAGAGCCAAAAAGUGAGAAAUAUUGAUGAAUUGACAAUAUUAGGAGUGAAAAUCGCUAUUUCAAACAUGACGAACCUGAAAGAAGUUGUGGAGAAAAUUUUGGAAGAGAGAAAUUAUAAGAGUAAGUUGAGUGGGAAGCUCUUGCGUGAUUGCAUUAAGCUUUAUUCUGAGGGAAAUAACUCAUUAACCAAAUCUUUAGAGUAUAUCAAAUCGCGGAAAUAUAAGAAAUUCCACACUAGUAUUGAUAGAGCAAAAACUAUUCCGAGAGUUUGCGAAAUGGGAUUCAAUGACGAUAAUAAACAGAAAUCUCCGGUGAAAAAAGACAAUGAUGUUCUCUAUGACAUCCUCGACAUGGCUCAGAGUUUUAAUUUAGAUGCCCAUUUACAGCCGACUAUGUAG